GAGAUAUAAAGUAAAGUAAAUUCAAGAUCAUACAGCUAUGAUUAUUAGUAAUUUUCGAAAAUUAAUGAGCAAAAAAAACAGUAAAGUGAUUCCGUACAGAGAUCAUGUUCUAAGAAGGAGAAUUUAUUACUGUGGGGCCAACGCGACGGUAAGACUCUGUUCGGGGGUGGCCAGAUCUCCAAGUCUAUUGCUUCAGCUUCACGGUUCACAGAGAAGCAAGCUUCUCGUCCUCCUCCUCGGCAACUGCAAUGGCUCAUCAUAAAACCCUAACAAAGGGCAAACCAAAACCAAGAGCACCAAUUAUCGUUUUUACAAUCUCCCUUGUUGGCGUUGUCUUUUUGUGCCUUCUGUCAUCUUCAAUUUCCCCAAAUGGAUUCUCAUUUUCCUCUGCAAAAACCUUCCAAAACUUGCUCAAGCCUCAGCCGCAGAGGAACCACCGCCCCUACGGCCAUGAGAAGUACUUGUACUGGGGUAAGAGGAUCGACUGUCCCGGAAAGCAUUGUGACUCUUGUGAGGGCUUGGGCCACCAAGAGUCCAGCCUCAGAUGUGCUCUUGAAGAGGCCAUGUUCCUCAGAAGAACAUUUGUGAUGCCUUCUAGGAUGUGCAUUAAUCCAAUUCACAAUAAGAAAGGGAUCCUUCAUCAAUCCAAUAAUGCAACUUCAGAGGAAAUGUGGGCAGCAAGCUCCUGUGCAAUGGAUUUUUUGUAUGAUUUGGAACUCAUAUCCAACACUAUUCCUGUUAUUUUAGACAAUUCAAAAGAGUGGUAUCAAGUGCUAUUGACUAGUAUGAAAUUGGGAGCUAGAGGAGUAGCCCAUGUGGAAGGAGUCAGUCGGGUUGACCUGAAAGAGGACAGCCGCUACUCAAAUCUCCUGCUCAUAAACCGAACUGCAAGCCCUCUCUCUUGGUUUAUGGAAUGCAAGGAUCGAAACAACCGCAGUGCUGUUAUGUUACCAUAUUCAUUUCUCCCUUCAGGGGCCACUGAGAAACUACGAACUGCAGCAGAAAAGAUUAUGGCACAUCUUGGUGAUUAUGAUGCCAUCCAUGUUCGUCGAGGUGAUAAAAUAAAAACCAGGAAGGAUAGGUUUGGGGUUUUUAGGAGCCGACAUCCUCAUCUGGACAGAGAUACACGCCCGGAAUUUAUUCUUCGAAGAAUUGAAAAAUGGGUUGCCCCUGGACGGACUCUUUUCAUUGCUUCAAAUGAGAGAACGCCAGGAUUUUUUUCUCCUCUAUCUGUCAGGUACAAAUUAGCAUAUUCAUCCAACUACAGCCAGAUCUUGGAUCCCCUGAUAGAGAACAAUUAUCAGCUGUUCAUUCUAGAGAGGCUGAUCAUGAUGCACGCCAAGACAUUCAUUAAAACCUUCAAGGUAGAUGAGACAGAUCUCAGCCUCACCGACGAUCCAAAGAAGAACACCAAGGAAUGGCAAAAACCUGUUUAUGCCUUGGAUGAUUAGAGAAUGCAGCAAUUUUUUCCACCAGAGGUUCGCCAUUUUUGCUCUUAUGCGGCUCAUUGCUUUCCUGUUACAAUGCUCGAUCCUGUCCUGCUAUGGCAUUCCUGAGGCAGCAGAAUAGGCCAAUACUCCAUUCGAGCAAAUCAGGUCCCAUAGUUCCCUCUCAGAUAAUCAAAUUGGAACUUGACGAGAGGCUGGUUGCUCGGUUUGGGCUGUGGGCUGUAAAUUCAAAGUGUGGUUGUCAUUAUGAAAGUCUAUUCAUGGCAUUGUUGAUAUAAUGAUCAUCAUAAAGACGGAAAAAAAAAAGUGUUUCCAAUUACAUGUUAAUCUCCUUUAGAAGCUUUUAUGUCUAGUGGGAAGUAAGUUUGAAUUGGAAGCUGGUUUGGUAAUUAUUGAUCUUUGAAGGAAUAUGUUGAUGCUGUUAUGAUGGGUAGCCUGAAGAUCAAUGGGUAGCCUAUUGCAGCCCGUUACUUGAGAGCAAACUGAAAGUACUAUAUUAUUGGCAAGCAACUAAUCCUUUUUUAAGUAUUUUUUUUUUUGUUGAAUCUUUUGGAUCAAAUUAAAAAAAAGAGAGACCUUAUUUGUU